AUGGAGAUGCGUCCGGUGGCCUUCCCGUCAGGAAAUCCUGCUCCUUCACCGUCUACAGAAGCACAAUCUACCGAGCCUCUGGGGUCUGAAAAGAAGAAGCGGGUUCGUCGAUGGCAUCGCCGUGGGUUUACAGGAUGUUUGACUUGUAGACGACGUCAUGUUCGCUGUGACGAAGCAUCCCCUUCCUGCAAAAACUGCACGAGAUUAGGCCUUGACUGCGAUGGUACCCAAGGCCGGAUGACCUUCAAGGUAUAUGGUCCAUCGCAAGGUGCAGCAGAAACCUCGCAGAGUCAGAAUAACGCCAGCUCAGUAAGUGUGCAGUCGGUCAAGACGCAGCAAUCGGACAGCAAGCCGAUCAAGCAGGAACCCGAAGACGAUGUUGACGGUAUCGUGAUAUCUCCAACGACCAUGGUUGAGCCAACACCCGUUAAAUACCGGUUCGAAGAUCCGAUUUCGCCUUCUGAAUUUGUGCCCGCGUCUUUGGAUGUUGCUGAGUGCCACUACUAUACCCAUUUCAACGAACGGGUCUCAGCAUUACUUCUGAUUUACGAUGGCACGAAUGAUAUCAAUCCAUACCAAAAAUACUUUCCCGAGCUCGCUCGAUCCUCACAAUCAAUGGCGAGCGCCAUGCAAGCCCUCGGUGCGUUACAUCUGGCGAACACGUCGAGUGGUCCACAGCGUAAUGUGCACUUUCAACAAGCAAUGAGCAAGUAUGGGGAGGUGGUCAAGUCCUUUCGAACUCGGUACACGCAGCCCAAUCAUUCAGUCAAGAUAACUGAUUUUGCGACCUGCCUUUUGCUGGCUCUCUUCGAGAUGAUGGACUCUCAACAUGACAAUUGGGCAAUUCACCUCAAAGGCGCUCGUGAAAUUUAUCGAUCACUGUUCAUAUCGACAGACACCAACCCAGCAAAAGAGACCCAACGGCUUGCGGAAUCUCAACAUCCCCUCCGACAUUUCCUCAUCUCCCUCCUGUCCUAUCUUGACGUUGCAGGGGCCUGUAACACCAGCGACGGUACAGUGGUAGAAGGAAGCUAUUGGAGGGCUCAUGGAGCCGAAUGGGAAUAUAACCUUGGGACCCCGAGUCUCUCAUCGACCACGUCAAACGACAACCGCCUUCACGAUCUACGACAAAGCUGGUCUCUCAUGAUGGAGAUCCAGGCCGCCAUCAGCGCGUUCGGGAAAGCAAAACACGAAAAAUGGCUCUCAUACAAGCAACAGGAUGCUCUCUAUAGCGAGCUACUGGAACGUCUUGUCCAGUGGCGAGCAAACGCGCCGGAUAGCAUCCAACAACUCGGUGAAGUAGACGAUGAGAGUCUGCAUCAAUACCAGUACCCGGAAAUUGUGGAGUACGCUGGCUGCAUCGAGGCUUACGAAAAAGCGACCCUCAUAUACUUGCAUAAGGUCGUCGCAGCAGAUCGCCACGACCAUCCGUCGCAGAGAGACUUCUUGGAGAUGCUGGCGACCCGUAUUCUGACAUUGAUCGAGAAACUCGCCAAAGACGUCGGACACCUAGCCGUGAUGUGGCCACUCUUUAUCGCUGGACGGGAGACUCGAGACGAGACUCGGCAGAAAUCAGUCCGCCAGACAAUGCUCGAUUGCCAGCGCUUCGGAUUCAAGAACGUCGAUAGGGCUCUCGAGGAACUAGAAAAGGUGUGGUUCAAGCAACGCGCCUUUCCGGAGGGCUGGGUCGAUAGGAUGGAUGAUAUCCGAAGCUCAAUCCUUCUACCAUAA